ACACCUAAGAUGGGGUCCGCGGUGCCACACACCCUCCUUCUGUUGCUGGCGGCCGCCCUGCCCCCAACUCAGGCCUGCGCGGGCUCACACUCCCUGAGGUAUUUCUCCACCGCCUUCCACAAUCCUGACAACAACAAACCUCGGGUCAUGGUCGUGGGCUACGUGGACAACACGGAGAUCUUGAGCUUCGACAGUGACGAGGCGAGUCAGCAGGUGAAGCCGCGGGUGCCGUUUAUGGCUCAGGACCGAGAGCACUUGGAGGAGCUGACGCGCCUAGGCAGGCGCGUCUUAAUAGUUGGCCGAAUUGAACUGAGGAUCCUGUUCAGCUACCGUAGCCAGAGAGAGAAUGGGUCUUUGACUAUCCAGGAGCUGUGUGGCUGCGACGUAGGGCCGGACCACCGCCUCCUCCAUGGGUAUAAGCAGAUAGCUUAUGAAGGCCAGGAUUACAUCUCUCUGACCGAGGACAUGCGCUCUUGGACCGCUGUGGAUAUCAAGGAGGCUCAGAUCACCCGGCGCAAGUGGGAGGCAUCUGGCUUUGCAAAGUUAUUUAGGUCUUUCUUCGAGGGCAGUUGUGUGGCGUGGCUUCUGAGAUACCUGGAUAAAGGGAAGGAGAUGCUGCUGCGUGCAGAGCCUCCAAAAACAAAUGUGACUCAUCACCCCAGACCUGAAGGAGAGGCCACCCUAAAGUGCUGGGCCCUGGGCUUCUAUCCUGCGGACAUCACCCUGAUCUGGCAGAAGGAGGAGGAGGACCUGACCCAGGACAUGGAUCUUAUAGAGACCAGGCCUGCAGGGGAUGGAACCUUCCAGAAGUGGGCAGCUGUGGUGGUACCUUCAGGAGAGGAGCAGAGAUACACAUGUCAUGUGAAUCAUGAGGGGCUGCCUGAGCCCCUCAUCCUGAGAUGGGAGCCUCCCCCCUCUCCCACCCCCCCUAUCAUGGGGAUCGUUGCUGGUCUGGUUCUCCUUGGUGUCUUGGUCACUGGAGCUGUGGCUGCCAUUGUGAUGAGGAAGAACACAGAGAUGGAAAAGGAUGUAGUUAGAUAA